CGGCCGGCCGCCGCCCCGCGCCGGCAGGCGUGGGCGCUGCCGCGCACGGCGGCGGCGGCGAGCUGCCCCGCGGCCGCGCUGGAGGCCGAGGACGCGUUGCACGGCUGCCUCGCAGAGGCUUGGGCCCACCGGCUGGACUAUGCCGGCCCCGCCGCGCGGCUGCUGGAGGCGGGGUCGUGGCUGGACAUCGACCCCCCGGAACUCGAGCACGUGUCUGCGGAGUCGGUGGGCGUCAGCUGCGUGAUCGCAGACCUGGAGUACCGGCUGGUGGAGUACGUCCUGGAGGUGCGCCGCUGCGACGGUGCGCCCCGCGGCGGCGCUCCGUUGCGGGUCUACUACGCGCGCACGGGCGCGCAGCGCAAGGUGGACGACGUGCUCUUCGAGGUGCCCCGCAGGAGGCCCGCGGGGGUGCCCGUGUGGGAGCCCGGAGGCGUCUACCAGUUCCGCCUGACGGGGCGCUGCUGCCGGCGGGAGAUGGCGUACCUGCACCACCCGAACCACUCGCGCCUGGUCCCCCAGCAGGUGGCAUCGGAGUGGUCCAGGCCGGCGCCGCUGCUGCCGCCGAGGCCUCGCCGCGCGCGCCCGGGACGGCCGCGCGCCGAAUAAGGUCGGGGAGCGCGCGUGCCGACGAGGCGCCGCGCGCCCGGCGUUCGGGGAGCCGCCGUGACCGACCGCGCACGGCUCCCGGCUGCAUGGUGCAACAAGAAGUCCCC